AUGCUCGAGAACUUCCUCCACGGAAGGCGGAAGCACGUCUGGAUCAGUGUGGGCAACGACCUGGCGUUCGACGCCCGCCGGGACCUGGAUGAUCUAGGCUGCGGCAAGCCGGACGAAGACGACGACGACAACCGCAGCGAGGGAGAGGAGGAGGAGGAAGUCGACUCGGACGAAUCAUCGGAGGAGGAGGAGGAUGAGGGGGAGGGGGAGGGGGAGAAGAAGAGGAGCGGGGGGGAUGCGGGGCGGCAGCGUAAGGUGCCGUCAUCUUCCGGGAGGGUGCGGCGCGGAGCCGCUGUGGCUGCCGACGCGAAGCUCGGCAACAAGAACAGCGAGGAGCCGAAGAAGAAAAGCGGCGGCGAGAAGAACGCCAGGGGGAAGGAGGAGGCGGGGAGCGGCGGUGGUAGGGGUGGCGUGUUCAUCGAGAGCUUUCAGCAGAACAAGCACGCGUACGGGACGAUCAGGGACGGGGACGGGGUGAUGUUCCUGACCUACAGCUCGUUGGUCGCGGCCAACCGGGAUGGAAAGUCUCGCCUGAAGCAGCUGCUCAAGUGGUGCGGCGGAAAGGACUUCGACGGCUGCAUCUUGUUGGACGAGUGCCAUCGAGCCAAGAACCUCUAUGCCGCCGGAGGCGGCGCGGCCACUAAGGCAGGAGCGGCGGUGGUGGAGCUGCAGGCCAAGCUGCCAAACGCGAGGAUCGUGUACUGCUCUGCCACCGGCGCCUCCGAGCCCCGCAACCUGGGCUACAUGACCCGCCUCGGGCUCUGGGGCGCGAUAGGUAGCCCCUUCCCGGGCGGCUUCAAGGACUUCCUGACGGCCGUCGACGGCAGGGGCGUGGGCGCGAUGGAGCUCGUGGCGAUGCACCUCAAACAGACGGGGUCGUUCGUGUGCCGCACCCUCUCCUUCAGCGGCUGCGCCUUCGAGCUCGUCACCGACGUCCUUGGCGAGGAGAUGGAGGAGACGUACAACGAGGCCGCGGCGUUCUGGCAGGAACUCAAGAGGGAGCUGGCGCGGGCCCAGGCGGAGAAGGCGGCCUUCCUCAGCACGCCGGGCAUCCUGGAGGAGGACCUGGACCUGUCGUCUGAGGAGGAGGAGGAGGACGAUCCCCUGGGCGAGCUGGACGGGAUGAUCGACGACUCGGAUACCGAGUCCGUGGCCGCCCGGCGCCGGCACCGGUCGCUCAAGGGGGGCUUCGUGUGGCGGUACUUCUGGGGGUCUCACCAGCGGUUCUUCCGAGACCUGUGCAUCGCCUCCAAGGUGCCCGCCACCAUCGAGCAGGCACAGCAGGCCCUGGACAACGACAAGAGCACGGGUGAAGCGAGCACAGAGGCAGCGAUGAAGUCGCGCGGGGGGGGCGGCGGCGGCGGCGGCGGCGCGGGGGCGGGGGAGGGCGAGGACGUUGGCGGCGGAGGCGCCUCGGCAGCGGCGGCGGCGGCAACUGCGGCCGAGACGACCUCCACCGACUACAUCUCGGCCCCCCGGCAGACCCUGAUGCGCGUGAUCGAGCGGUGUUUUCCGCUCCCGCCGAGACCGAGGGCCAUGAAAAUGCAGGACAAAGAGGAUUUCCGAGCAGAAAAGGAUGGGUGGAGGGACAAGCGGUCGUGCCGGGCGGGGAAGGAGAAGAAGGGCAUGUACAAGGAGAAGAGCGAGCUCGACGUGCCUGAGCUCGAGGAAGAGGACGCCGACGAGGAAGAGGAGGCGAGCGCUUCCUCUUCUGAUUCGGACGAAGACUCUUCGGUGGCCUUGGAUUCCGACGACGACGAUGAUGACGAUGACGAUGGUGAUGAUGAUGAUGGUGACUCGAGCUGCUCAGACGACGACAGCGAUAGGUGUGAAGAGUGA